AUGACAGUCAACGAGAAGAGCAACAGCACCGCGCGCUGGCAAUACCUGGACCGCAUUCGCAAAACCAAAGGUCCCUUCAACGAUGAUGAUUACGACACAAGCGAGGAGGUGCUUUCCAUGCACGGCACCCAGAAGAUCCUCGUCAUUGGCGCUGGAGGCCUGGGAUGCGAGAUUCUUAAGGAUCUCGCCAUGUCCGGCUUCAGAGACAUUCAUGUAAUUGACAUGGACACCAUCGAUGUUUCCAAUCUGAACCGCCAAUUUCUGUUUCGCAAGGCCGAUGUGGGCAAGUACAAGGCCGAAGUUGCUGCGAAGUUCGUGGAGAGGCGAGUGAAAGGAGUCCAGAUUACUGCGCAUAACUGCAAGAUACAGGAUUUCGAGGAGGACUUCUAUAUGCAGUUUCAGUUUGUCAUCUGUGGUCUGGACAGCAUCGAGGCGCGACGAUGGAUCAAUGCUACACUGGUGAACAUGGUCGAUGACGAGAACCCCGACUCGCUGAAGCCCCUGAUCGAUGGUGGUACAGAAGGCUUCAAAGGCCAGACCCGAGUCAUCUUCCCCACCAUCACACCCUGCAUCGAGUGCCAACUGGAUCUUUACGCCCCGAGAGCCGCCGUUCCUCUGUGCACCUUGGCCACCAUUCCCCGACAGCCCGAACACUGCAUCGAGUGGGCGCAUAUCAUGGCAUGGGAGCAAGAGAAGCCUUUCCCCACUCUUGACAAGGACGACCCCGAACACAUCAGCUGGCUUUACAAGAAGGCACUGGCACGGGCUGAGGAGUUCAAGAUUCCCGGCGUCACCUACGCUCUCACGCAGGGAGUGGUGAAAAACAUUAUUCCCGCCAUUGCGUCCACCAACGCAAUCAUCGCCGCAAGUUGCUGCAACGAGGCACUUAAGAUCGCCACGAGUGCAGCUCCGUACAUGGGCAUGAACGAGACCUACAUGCAAUACCAAGGUGACGAGAGCAUAUACACCAACACUUUCAAGUACGCGAAGAAGGAGGACUGCGCCGUGUGUGGAAACCUACCAAAGCCAUUGCAGGUCGAUCCGAAGUGGACUUUGCAAGAGCUGCUCGAUUCCUUUGCGACGAAUGCGAGCGCACAAUUGAAGAAGCCGUCCAUCCGAACCGAGGACAAGACGCUCUACAUGCAGUUCCCUCCGGCGCUUGAGGAGCAGACUCGACCGAACUUGGAAAAAAAGUUGAAGGAAGACCUUGGUUUGGAGGAGAAGCAGGAGAUCGCCGUGACUGAUCCCGCGUUUCCUGCUUUGUCUUUCAGGUUCUUCCUCAAGUUCUCAUGA